AUGCAUUCACUUCCAUUAUGUUCUCAGGCCCCUCAAUUUAUUUUUUUUGUAGACUUAUAUUUUGCUUCAGAGCUUUUAAGAAGAACUAUAAAUCAAAAUCCUCAUGCAGCUUCCACAUCUACUGCCUAUGUUCAAUAUGACGAUGAUGAAGAAACUCCAGAAAGCUUUUGUGAAGACGAAAUACCUAUUAGUAAUGAAGACACAGGUGAAACCAAUUGUGAAACUGAAGAAUCUGAAGGUGGAGUUUCUUCAUACAGAUGGACUUCACCCGCUGUCUUAUUGUUGUUGGAGUCUUAUAGGUCCAUGGAAGAAAUCCGAAACAGAGGGAAAAUGUCCCAAAAACAAAUGUGGAAAAAAAUAUCCGAAGAAUUUAAUAAAAAAGGAUACACUGUCACUGGACCACAAUGCGAUUCUAAGCUACGAAUAGGAUCAGAUAGUUCAUCAAAAUCAAAAAAGACGCCAAUAGCAACAUUACUUGGAAAAAGAUUAAAGCAGAAAGAGGAACAUGAAGAAAAUAAAAACAAAAGGCAAAAAGAACGAAUGGAAAUGGAUGCGAAAUUUCUUAAAGUAUUGGAAAAACUUGCUGAAAAAUAA